AUGCUAGAGAAGGAACAACUACUGCAGACAACUAAUACUACAAAAUUUAAAAGAAUAUGUUAUAUAUUUUUACCAUGUAUUUUAUUAAUAUUAUUCACACUUUAUAAUAUAAAUUUUUCAGAUUUAAAAAUAUCUUCAAUUAUUCCAAUUAAUUUGAAUAGAGCAGAUCCAUAUCUUACUUAUCAAUUAGCAACAAAUGAUCCAUUACUUGAUAAGAUUGGUCAACCAGAUUUAAAUCCUUCAACUGAGCAUUUACAUAAUGGUUCAAAAGCAAUGGUAGCAAGUGAUGUACCAUUAUGUUCAACAAUGGGUAAAAAUAUUCUAUUAAAAGGUGGUAAUGCAGCUGAUUCAGCAGUAACAGUUGCUUUAUGUAUUGGAUCAAUAAAUUCUCAUAGUUCAGGAAUUGGUGGAGGUGGAUUUAUAUUAAGUAAAAAAGGAAAUAAUAUUAUAAGUAUUGAUGCAAGAGAAAUCGCACCAAGUUUAGCAUAUAAAGAAAUGUAUGGAAAUUCAGAAAUUUUGAGUAAAAUUGGUGGAUUAGCAAUUGCAAUACCUGGAGAAUUAAAAGGUUUAUAUGAUUUAUAUAAAUUACAUGGUAGUGGAAAUUUAACAUGGGAACAAUUAUUUGAACCAGUUAUUGAAUUAAAUUAUAAUGGAUGGAAAUGUUCAAAAAUUUUUGAAAAAGUAGUUUCAAUAGAAAAUGAAUUAGUAUUAUCAAAAAUUCCAAAUUUAAAACAAAUGUGGGAUUUUAUUUUCAAUCCAAAUGGAGAUUUAAUAAAAGAAGGUGAUUAUAUAAAAAGACCAAAUUAUGCAAAAACUUUAGAAUUGAUAGCAAAUAAUGGUAGUAGUGAUAUAUUUUAUGAUCCAAAUGGACCAAUUGUUUCAUCAUUAAUUAAUACUAUUACAAAAUGGGGUGGAAUAAUAAGUCCACAAGAUUUUAAAAAUUAUAAAACAAUUAUAGAAAAACCAUUAACAACAACUAUAAAUAAUUUCAAAGUAUAUACAAGUAAUGGUAUAUCAUCAGGUUUAUCAUUAAUUGGAGGAUUAAAUUUUUUUAAUUCAAUAUAUAACCAAAAUGAUUCUGAAUCAUUAUUUAAUCAUAAAUUAAUUGAAAGUUUUAAAUGGUCAAGUUCAAUAAGAACAAGAUUAGGUGAUACUCAACCUGAAAAAGAAAAAAUUAUAAAAAAAUAUAGUGAAUUAAAUUGGUUAAAAACAAUAGAUUAUUCAAAUAAUCAUACUUUCCCAUGGCAAAAUUAUAAUCCAAAAUAUAAUUUAAUUGAACAUCAAGGUACUUCACAUUUUGCAAUAAUUGAUGAAAAUGAUAAUUCAAUAUCAAUGACAACAACUAUAAAUUUAUUAUUUGGUUCAAUGAUUUAUGAUAAAAAUACAGGAAUAAUAUUAAAUAAUGAAAUGGAUGAUUUUUCCCAACCAAAUAUAAGUAAUGCUUUCAAUUUAACUCCAUCAAUUUAUAAUUUUAUUUAUCCUGGUAAAAGACCAUUAAGUUCAACUUCACCAACUAUUAUAACAUAUAAUAAUAAAGUUGAUUUUAUUAUAGGAGCAGCAGGUGGAAGUAGAAUUACAAAUACAAUAUUACAAGCAAUAAUAAGAAUUUAUUAUAAAAAUUAUUCAUUAUUAAAUACUAUAUCAUUUCCAAGAUUACAUCAUCAAUUAAUACCACAAGAUAUAAUGUGUGAAAAUAUAACAAGUUUUGAAGAAGAAUUUAAAAAUGAAAAUAUUUUAAAAGAAUUAAAAUUAAAAAAUCAUACUUUUAUAGAAACUGGUUCAUUAACAGCAAUGAAUGGUAUAAAAAGAUUAAAAAAUGGUAAAUUACAAGGUGUUAGUGAUUACUGGAGAAAAAGAGGUGAAGCAGAUGGAUAUUAA